AUGGGAAGGUCUCCUUGUUGUGAUGAAAACAACCUCAAAAAGGGUCCUUGGACUCCUGAAGAAGAUCAAAGGCUUACUGAUUACAUUCAAAAACAUGGCCAUGGAAGUUGGAGAGCUCUCCCUAAGCUUGCAGGUCUGAAAAGAUGUGGGAAGAGCUGCAGAUUGAGAUGGACGAAUUAUUUGAGACCUGAUAUUAAGAGAGGAAAAUUCUCCGAGGAGGAAGAGAGCACUAUUCUUCAUCUUCACUCCGUUCUUGGAAACAAGUGGUCUGCAAUUGCAGCACAUCUACCAGGACGUACAGAUAACGAGAUCAAGAAUUACUGGAAUACCCAUCUGAAAAAAAGGCUCAUCCAGAUGGGAAUUGACCCAAUUACCCAUCAACCAAAAACCGACUUGUUUUCUUGCUUGCCACAACUAAUUGCUCUAGCAAACCUAAAAGAACUGCUUGAACAUACUCAAUUAACUCAUAACCUUCAAUGCUUCAACCUUUUCCAACAACCCGCUAUCGCCGCUAAUAAUCUGGAAUUAAACGCGAUGAAUUUGAUGCCUGCAAAUCAAGAACCAAACCCAUAUUUUUCAAAUAAUUUCCAACAAGAAUUAGGUCAAGAAAGGGUAGAAAUGUCCAAUUUUUUUCCUGUUGAAAAUGCUUCUAUUGGUGAUGGGGGUUCUCAACCACUCCAACAACAAGUCAUCGUCCCUUUCAUGAAUGUAAAAACAAGUGAUCAUCAUGAAGUUGUGGGUCAGUGCCAGAUGGGACAGAUGAGUGACAAAUCAGCAUCUUCCACGUGGAAUCCUCUUCCGCCAUUGAUGGACAGUACUACUUCAGGCAGCAACUCACAGGAGAACAGCAGCACCAUCAGCUAUGGUGGUGGCAGUGGCGGAGGUGGCGGCGAAGGAGGAGAUUCUUUAUUCAACUGGCCUGAUUUUCUGUUGGAAGAUUCUUUCUUGGACUAUAAUUUGAAAGAAAUAUGUUGAAAUUUGGAAGUGCAUCGAAAGUUGUACGUUAAUAGAAAAACUAGGUCUUGAAUGUGCAUUGCGGGUUGUAUGAUAUGGGGACGCUGUUUCAUGCAUGGCCAUGCAUGCAUGUCAUUUUUUAUUUUUAUUUUUGGUGUAUUUUAAUGCAUUACGUGAAUAGAAAGCCA